AGGUAGCAAUUUGAAACAUGAAGACUAUGAUUCUACUGUUUUGUCUUCUGGGAUCAACUCAGUCAUUACCAAUGCAGCUCAGCCCUGCUUUGGGACUUCCUCCAGCUCAGCUGGUUCCAGAUCAGACAACCCUACUGAACCAACAGCAACCGAAUCAGGUCUUCCAUUCUUUAAGUCUAAUACCAUUGACACAGAUGCUCACACUGGGGUCAGAUCUGCAGCUGCUAAAUCCUCCUGCAGGGAUGGCACCUGCUGCCCAGACCCUCCCACUGACCCUGGGGGCACUAAACGUGCAGCAGCAGCUGCAGCCACAAAUGUUACCACUUAUUGUAGCACACCUUGGAGCCCAGGGAACUAUCCUAAGCUCGGAGGAACUGCCAGUAGCCCCGCACAUCUUCACAGGCCUCAUCUUCCAGCCCUUGCUCCCCGGAGCUAUCCUGCCCAGCAGCCAGGCUAAUCCAGAUGUCCAGAACAGAAUCCUCCCUGCAGGACAAGCAGGAGUAAAUCCCUCCAUCCAGGGAACCGAGAGCCCCUUUCUGACCCCCAGCGGCACCGACACUGACGAUGACUUUGAAGUGACUACCCCUGCAGGCAUCCAGAGGGGGGCGCACAUUCCUGAGGGAACCACCACAGGGUCCCCAAAUGGAGUUCAGUAAGCUGAAUUUUUUUCAUCUAAAUGACCUUAAAUGUGGUGCUUUUCUCAUUGGUCAUAUUUUGGAGAACAUUGAGACACACUGGAGAAUAUCAGAAGAUAUUAAGUCUUAGUUAACUAAAAGCCUUCUUGAAAUUUCAGCAAAUUCAUUCUUCCUAGAGAGUGG